AUGAGUCGCUUCUAUUUCGGCGACGACUCGCGCUCAGCGUCCAGCGACAACGACAACGAAGACGAAGAUGACCCCUCCUCCCUCCCCUUUGCAACACCCCUUCGCCGAUCGGACUUCCUCGACCCGGAAUUUUCACCGGCAACAUAUCUCUCUACGCUCCACAAUCGACACCAAACUCUAGAAGACCUACGUUCAGAGCUGCGCUCGCGAUCGCAGCUUCUGUCCAAAGAGCUGCUAGACCUCGUCAACAGUAACUACCAAGACUUCCUCAAUCUGGGUAACAGUCUACACGGCGGCGAGGAAAAGGUAGAGGAGGUACGAGUAGGGCUUCUGGGCUUCAGGAAGGAUGUCGAAGGCUUGGUUGGUGUAGUGGGGGAAAGAGAGGAGGAAGUAGGAGAAUUGUUACAAGAGAGGAGAGACACGAGGGAGAAGAUCGAGUUGGGAAGACGCUUAGUCGACUAUGAUGCUCGGCUUAAGGAAUUGGAGAUUGAGCUUAUGAUUGAGACGGCGGGGCACGAGACAAUCAUACUCGGGGAGGAGGUCUCGGACAGCGAGGACGAUGAAGACGAAGAGGAAGAGGAAGAAGGCUACGGUGUGUCGAUUGUCAAGCUGAGGCGAAAUGUCGUGCAUUACCAAUUGGUGCUGGGGCUGCAGAAAGACCUGGGCGAGCAUCCGUUUGUGGCGGCCCAGGCAGCCAGAACAGCAAAAGUGCGGAGUACACUAUUGAUGGAUCUGAGUACUGCGCUGCAGCAGGCGAAAAGCGCUGGCGCUUCUGGCUCUGGUCGCGUGAUGAAAGUAAUGAAGAUCUACGCCGACAUGGAGGAAUCUGCCGAAGCAGUCAAGGUCCUCAAAACACUCAAGUCGUCCUAG